UUCCACACGCCUUGCCGUGCCCCUCGCUCACGGCGCAUGUGCAAGACUGACAGCGACCGUGCCAACGCGUUCCAUUUUUUUCCUUAUUAUAAUUAGUAAAAAUUCAGUGUUAUAUCUUGGAAUUUGUUUGGAAAGCGUCAGAUAAUACAUAGGUGUGUUAAUGCCGCCCAGCAAUGGAAGAGUGAGCCAGGAUGGUGGCCAACAUCGGUGUCAUCACUCCGACUAAUGUUGAGGCAACGGCAUAUAUAAGCGCAGUAGCUGCAUUUGCCGUUAUCGUAUUGGUGGUGCUACUGUUUCUCGGAAGGCGGUGGUGCCACUCUACGGUUUUCGGGCGCAAAUGCUGCGAUGACAUCCUUACUGUCAACGCUGCUGUAACAUCACCAGGCCUUCCUAUCGACAAUGCUCAAUUUGAUGCUUUGUCGAAACCGAACCAUUACCCAGAACGCAUAUUCACGUUCGAAGCCUCCGACUCAGAUGAAGAGCUGCGCUUGCGCAUACAAAAGGAUAAAGAUGGGGUGGAAUGUCGAUACGAGGAGAAAAAUGAAAACCAAAAUCAGGCGAAGGUGGAAGUUGACCUUAUAGAAACUGCAAUGCGAGAGACGAGCCUUCGAGAAACGAAAAUCGAUGAGGUUGUGCCACAACGUGCCGAGUAUAUCCAUACCUUAGAGGCGCAGAGCAGCAUCGAAAGCGAUGUCAUCGCUCACAAUGAUACGUCCUUGCUCUGCGGUGAAAGCGGCAGUUCCCAAGAAUGUGGUUCCGUAGAAUUGACUUUACUUUACGACGCGCCUGUGAGAAGUAUGACCGUGCACAUGCUGCAAGCGCGCUCAUUACCACAGAAAACUCAAGGCCAGGUGCUGCAAAGCCAGGUUCGAAUCGUACUCCUGCCGCUUAAAAAACAAAAAUAUAAAUCAAAGAUUCGUAAUGGAGAAAACCCUCAAUAUAUGGAAAGUUUCGUCUUACAUAAAAUAAAUCCGGAGGAUGUUCAUGGUCUCGGACUUCGUAUAAGAAUAUAUGGAUGUGAGCGCAUGCGCAGACAGCGAUUGCUUGGAGAGGCGACUGUCAGCUUCGCCUCGCUUAAUUUGGAGCUGGAAAACAGUUUAUGGUUGCAACUGGCACCUCGACAGCAUCAUCAACCUAGCCUGCAUUUACCAAAGUUGGAUCCUAAUAUGUCGGUGACGGGAGUGUUGGCGAGCCCGUCAUCUAUCACGACGGCGAUGUCACCGGGCGCCGCUGGCGGUGAGGCGUGCAGCCUCGCGCGCUCUGACUCCGCCUCUUCGUGCUGCAGCACGCGUUCCGCACCAGAACUGUUGCUAGGCCUACAGUAUAACGCUACCACUGGAUAUUUAUCCGUUGAGAUCAUAAAGGGCACUCACUUCCGCAAGUUGUCUCCGAACAAGGCGCCAGACACAUACGUUAAGCUCUGCCUCAUCAGUUCGCUUGGAAUGGAGAUGGGUCGAUGCAAAUCCACCACACGCCGCGCGCAGUCCAAUCCCCUUUACAAGGAGCUCUUUAUAUUUCAGGUGGCUCUAUUCCAACUGAGCGAGGUGACGCUGAUGGUGUCUGUAUGGUGGCGACGCAGCGUGAAGCGCAACGAGAUGGUGGGCUGGUUUUCGCUUGGGCACAGUUCCACAGGAAGGGAGGAGGAACGACACUGGCAGGAGCUAUGUGAGCGGCAAGGGCAGCAGGUGCAACGCUGGCAUGUGUUGCUUGACUCCUGACGGUCGCCCACGUAGCCCGCGCGCGCCGCGCCCGCCUGAAUCCGCCCCGCCGGCCCCGGCCGCUCCCCGGCCGCUCGUGACGCGAUGUGACGUCACGGUGCUUUCACGCUGAGCCUCGCUCCCGCGUCCGCCGGACCCGCCAGCGACACGCUUGUGCUCCGCUGGCGCCUUUUGGAUCCUUCUCUCGACCUCCGAGGUCUUUUCGAGUUAGGUGUUGUGAUGUUGCUUUGUCUGUCGAAGUUUCGUGUACCAUCGGUACAGUUAUUCAAUUAUAGAGUUUGGUGUGCUUUGUAUUUACGGGCUCUCGACUUCUCGAGGCGCGCACGUUUUCGACUGAUCGAGUUUUGAUGUUAUCGUGUAUUAUGUAUAAAAUUGAAAAGUAUUUACGAUAGCGGUUAAAGGGAAUGUUACUAUAUUUGUAUGUAAUACCAAAAUGAGUAAGGAAGAUAUUAAAAUGUACUAGGAAUAUCUUAAAAAGAUGUAAAAGCUUAAUAAAUGUUUAAAAAUAUUUAUUAGAAGAUUCGAAUUGUGAAACAUUUUGUAGUAUUUAUAAGCGAUGAUGAAGACUUGGAGCGCACAAUACUCGUGAGAUAGGAUAAAUUAGCGGAAGAGUAUUUAUUGAUAUUUAAUAUAUUAUACAAUUACUUUUAUUAGUAUUGUUCGACUUUCGAACGUAACGACAAACUUUAACGUCAUUUUUAAUACAUACCUGAUGAAUAUCGAAACAAAAUAAUUAUAAGUCAACUAAGCACAAAUAAAACACUCGUUUCUAAAUACCCAUCCACUAUUUAAAUAAAACAGCAUUUUUA